CAGUCGCGGUUACGGGCGUGCGGUUGCCAAGAGAGACGCGCGUGCAGUGCAGUGAUAUAGCUGUAACGGCAAAAUCGGCACGGGAUCUCCCCCGCCAUUUCCUCGUGCCGAGCCCUGGAAUGUCGAGUAGUGGCUCGGGCUCUUCUUCGCGGAAGGAGUUCGAUGUGAAGCAGAUUCUCAGGAUCCGAUGGAGGUGGUUCGGUCACCCCGCGGUUCCUCCGCCUCACUCCCCGCCGCUUGGAGAUUACUUCGCUUCGAGGAGAACCGGCGGCAGCUCCGGAGACGGACCCUCAGUUAGCGGCUGCAGCAACUCAAAUUCAGUCAGUGUAAACCCAAGCUCGGGUAGUCACAGUGGACUGGUGGCCAGCGGCAGCGCGGGGUCUAAUCUGUGUAACGGCAGCAGCAGAAAGUUUGUUGAUCCGGUUGGGAGUCGGGUCGGUCAGGGAGGAGCGGCGUUUGGAGCCACGGGGAACUCUUGUACCCGCUCCCUCAGCCAGCCAGAGUGCAGAAGCUCCGCCGCGGCGCUGUCGUGGGUCUCCCCGCCGCUUCAGCGUCGCUCUCGUCCAGUGACAAACAUGGAGCCCCCUGGCGAGGCCCCGGUGCCCCAGCUGAUACCCGAGCCCUCUGCUCAUGUCGGGGUUGAGCUGGAGGAGGCGGUGGCAGCAGCGGCUGCGGUGGGCUCUGAGGAGAAUCAUCCGGAAACAGACUCCAGCUCGUGCAGGACGUCUAACAGCAGUGCAACACUGUCCUCAUGCGUGUCGAUGGAGCCAUGCGUGUGUCCAGAGGAGAGUAUGUUCACUGCGUUGUCCCACGCUGAUGUCACCUUCCGCAAAAUGGAGGGCUACCUGAGGACCAGAAAGCUGUGCGAUGUUAUACUGGUGGCUGGAGAAAGACGGAUACCUGCACAUAGGCUGGUCCUCUCAUCUGUGUCUGACUACUUUGCGGCCAUGUUUACCAGUGAUGUGCGGGAGGCCAAGCAAGAUGAGGUGAAGAUGGAAGGAGUUGAUCCUGAUGCAUUGUGGAUUCUGGUUCAGUAUGCAUACACAGGUCGUCUUGAAUUGAGGGAAGACACCAUUGAGUCUCUGUUGUCAGCCUCCUGCUUGCUGCAGCUGUCUUCUGUGGUUCAAGCCUGCUGUUCCUUUCUCAUGAAGCAGCUCCACCCCUCGAACUGUCUAGGCAUCCGUUCCUAUGCAGAUGCUCAGGGCUGCCAUGACCUGCAGAGGGCUGCAAACGCCUACACAAUGGAACACUUUCUGGAUGUGGUUGGAGGUCAGGAGUUUCUUUUACUUCCAUUGGAAGAGAUGGAAAGACUGCUCACAUCUGAUGACAUCAACGUACCAGAUGAAGAAACCGUAGUAUCUUCUUUACUAACCUGGGUAUGUCAUGAUGUCUCUGCUCGGCAGCGCCACCUACCUUUGCUGCUGGCUCAUAUCAGACUGCCGCUGCUGCAACCACAGUUCUUAGCAGACCUGGAGUCCAACCCUCUUCUUCGUGACAGUGUAGAGUGUCAAAGACUCCUGAUGGAAGGGAUGAAGUAUCAUCUUUUGCCCCAGCGCCGGCCCCUGCUUCAGAGCCCCCGCACCCGGCCCCGCAAGGCCACUGUAGGGGCCAUGUUUGCCGUUGGGGGUAUGGAUGCCACAAAAGGCGCCACAAGUAUUGAACAGUACUGUCUGCGUCGGGACACGUGGAGGCAGGUUGCACACAUGAGUGGACGGAGACUACAGUUUGGUGUCGCUGUUCUUGAUGGCCGCCUUUAUGUGGUUGGAGGCAGAGAUGGACUCAAGACCCUUAACACUGUCGAGUGUUACAAUCCACACAGCAAAACGUGGAGCGUCAUGCCUCCUAUGUCCACACACAGGCACGGCUUAGGUGUGGCUGUCCUAGAGGGGCCUAUGUAUGCAGUGGGUGGACAUGAUGGCUGGAGCUACCUCAGUACAGUAGAAAGGUGGGACCCCCAGGCUCGCCAGUGGAGCUUUGUUGCAAGCAUGGCUACACCCAGAAGCACAGUGGGAGUAGCUGUUCUUAAUGGCAAGUUGUAUGCGGUUGGAGGUCGUGACGGCUCAUCCUGCCUGCGGUCAGUGGAGUGCUUUGACCCCCACACCAACAGGUGGAACAGCUGUGCGCCUAUGGCGAAAAGGCGUGGAGGUGUGGGAGUGGCCACGUGGCAUGGCUUCCUGUACGCCAUCGGAGGUCACGACGCUCCUGCUUCAUCCCUGGCAUCUCGGUUAAGUGACUGUGUGGAAAGAUAUGACCCUCAGACAGAUGUGUGGACGGCUGUAGCCCCCAUGAGUAUCAGCAGAGAUGCUGUUGGCGUUUGCCUGCUUGGCGACCGUCUCUAUGCUGUGGGCGGGUAUGAUGGGCAGGUGUAUCUCAAUACUGUGGAAGCUUACGACCCUCAGACAAAUGAGUGGACACAGGUGGCCCCUCUGUGUCUGGGCAGGGCAGGUGCAUGUGUGGUGUCCGUCAGGCUGUGAAAAUAUAAACACAAACGUACGAUAAUGGUCGUCCUCGUUAUCAUCGCUGAAAUUAAAAGGAUACCAAGGGAACCUGCUGCCUUUACUGAGAACAAGAGACUGGUUUCAGAACUAUUUUCAGGUUUUACUCUCAAAUUUUAUCCUUGAUGCUUAUAAAUCACUCAGAUUUUAGGUCCUGACAAGUUUUGCCACAGGAAGGAACUGCCACUGAUACAAAUGGUGAAGAGGAAUCUGUAGCGUCUAGCAGAUGACAAAACAGCUGUCUUACAGGGUUUUUUCCCCCUUUUUUACUUGCCUAUUUUUUUUCUCUAUACAAGUCAGGACACACUCACACACAUGCAGUAUAACCCUACACGGCUGCACUCAGCUUCUAUUUCUGCUGACAAAUAGCUGAGACAGAGAGAGAUUGUCAAGCCUGCCUCAUCAUUUUAUGCUCUCAGCGUCCCUAACUAUAUCUGAUACCGUGUAUUGAUGCUAUUUUAAUACAUUCCCUGUUAUUUUUAUGCUGCAGUUGGCAAGUGUAUUUCCACUGUGCCUUGCCACUGUUGCCCUCUGACAGAUAAAAGAGUUUUGACAUAAUCAGCACAACCUCCAACACAACUAUACUGUAAGGAACUAUGAGCCUUUUUAUUAUUUUAUUGCAAUAUCACAUGCUCCAUCUGAUAUUUCUGUGUGUGGCUACUCUGUUGCAUCAACUCAGAUCUAAAGCUUCUGCAAACUGUAGUGUGUAGUUUUUUUUAGAUUUUUUUAUAAGUUACACAAGAAACAAUCCAACCUUUUUACCUUUUCCAUUAAUUUUUAAUCACUUAAUUCUGCUUUUUUUUGUUUGCUGUUGUUCUGUUUUUUCCGGUUGAGGUCCAUUAGGCAGUGUUAAUGAGUUUUAAAGCCUGGGUAGUAAUAAUAAUAAUAAUAAUAACAACACUGUGGCUCUGUGUUAAUCCCUGCAGGGAUUUUUUUUUCAAUUUCCCCCAAAGCACAAGGUCAGCUAUUUACAGGAUUGUUUUUACACCUGGGUAGUUGAGGUUUUUUGUCUCCCAACCACCUUAUUCUCCUCCUUUGUGUGUGUGUGUGUGUGUGCGGACGCUAGUGUUGGGUGUUCAGAGAUUGCAAGGAGUGUAUUUUUAUCUCAAAUGAGAAUCUUCCCUCCAUUUACCCCUUUUCACAUCCUCAAUAUCCUGCUGCUCUCUCUUCAUCCACAUUUUCAUCACCAGACACAAACACACACGUUCGCAUGCACACACACCCAUACAGAGACAUGCAUGCACCAUUUUGUUUUACAGUAGGAUUAGAUACCCCAACAAAAAUGAACAGCAAACCACAAAUUUAAUAAUGUUAGUUCCGACGGUGCCGGCGUUUUGUUUGAUGUCAUGUUCAAAGCCUUAUUAGGUUUGAAGCUGCUGCAGAUAAAGUAUCAGACUUGAGGGGGAACAUAAAUCAGCCUAACAUACUCAUACGUCCAAACUCAUGGGCUGAGACAAGAAGCCUGAAUAUUACAUGCACAUGCCAAACGAUUUAUUUGUGCAUACUUUUUUUUUUGUUGUUGUUGAUGUACAUUGUAUUUGUGGCAUAAUGAGGGAAAAUUGACAGCGAGAGUCGGAGCAGGCAUCCUGUCUGAGCUGACAGAUCUAGAGCUAAUGUAGCCCACAUGAUGCGCUUUACAUCCAAACAUGACAGAUCCCAUGAUCUCGUUUGUACAAAGAUACACUCAGCUGAAAGCCAAGUGCCCCAGGAGCCAAAGAUUGAAAAACAAAAAACUAAAACAAAUUUGUCAGCGUGACAUCUAAAAGCUGCAAUGGGCAGGCUAGUAGCUCCCUCCAGCUGAGCGGAUGUUUAGUCAAGCCUAAUGCAUUGCUAGAUUAUUUUAUUUUUCUCCUUUUAAACCUGCCUGCUGUUUAUUUAGAGUAAUCUAGGCCUCGGUAGAAGUAUGUCGUCUCUUCUGUGUUGUGUAAUGUGAUUUCAAGCUGAGGCUAACAAUAAAAACAUUCCAAAUAAAGUUAGAAAUGUACAUUAUGUACAUAAAAUAAAUAUGACAUCUGUAUGUAGUGUUAUUGCAUUCUGCUGUAAACAAUUCCUAAGUAGCCCAUGUGUAAUCGUGUGCUUCUUUUUGUACCAUGAAUUCAGAUGAUGAAGAGGUGUAAUAAAGAUGGUUGGUGCCACAGCUGCUCAUCUUGUCUUUUUGUACCGAAUGUUACACCUUAUCUUUUACUAAAUGAGUUCUGUAUAAGCAGAGUAUGCUGCUGCUCAGUGGUCUUUUAUACAUUAAAGUCAACGUGAUUUAAAA